AUGCGUGUCCCCGGCCGUGUCCGAGGGAAGGACGGAGGAGACGGUGAUGGAAGAACCAUGGAGGCCUGUUCCAGAAGGGGCUCCACUGGCUUGCCUGCUGCCCUGCCCAGCGAGUCCCAACGGCCACCGGCCACAGCAGUGCGGAUUACCGUGGUGAAGGCACAGGACCUGAGAGCCAUCAAAAGUGAGGUGUCAGCCACUCUGGUGUGUGUGGAGUACAAGGGGAGCAUCCUGGGAGACUCCUCCAAGGCUGAUGUCUCACCAGAUGGGACAGCAAAGUACAACUUUGAGUGCAGCUUUGAGUGCAGCCCUGCUGGCCCCAUCACCCUGCAGGACCUGGCACAGCAACCUGUGCUCUUGACAGUGAUAGAAGUGUUGCAAAAGGACAAGAAGCAGAAGGAUAAGACCAUGCCUCUUGGCCAAGCUGUGGUGGACCUUCUGCCUCUGCUGCAAGGACAGUGCUCACUGAAGGUCUCAGCUCCUUUGUAUGCAGUGCCUGCCUCACCCUCAGAGAGCCUUCAGCCUGAGGCCAAGGGUGGCCUUGAAGUGAUAGUGUGCACCUCAGAGCCCCUGCUUUCUGCAGCCCAGAUUUCCAGUGGGAACCUGCUGAGCAUCACCUUGGAGGCAGCUUACUCUAUCCCUGAAGCUUUUGCCUCAGCAGGACCCCUGCAGAACUACAUAGCUGGUCUGCAAGUACCAGUACCUGGAGAGCAGGACUUCCCUUUGGUCUUCAAGAAUGGCAUCCUGAAGCUGGCUGGUGAGAAGGAGCCAUUGCCCCGCCCCAGGAAAUGGCCCCUUGAUAACAUCCUGGCCCCUGGAGCUCUCAGCAUCCCCAGCUCCUUCAUCCUUGGUGGUCCCUUUGAGGAUGAGGAUGGAGAGCUCAACAAGCCAGAGGACAGGGAGUUUAGGACCCAAGCAGAAAGCAGGAAGAGGAUCGUGUGGGAUGUGGAAAGGCGUUGGUACCUGGAUGCUGCUGCUCCUGCCCCAAGCACAUGUUUAUGCUUGGUUCCUGCCCCUUCUCAGUGUCCUUCUUGUGCCUUCAGCCUGCAGCAGCACAUCUUGGAGUGCCAGUACUGGCCUGUGGAGCUCUGCAGGGUGGCCCUGGCCUCACCCAGCAAAGGGAAAAGCAGCAAAGCUGACAAGGGAGAUGAGGACAAGCAGAUCUCCUUCCAUGGGGUGGCCUACGUCAACAUGGUGCCUUUGCUCUGCCCUGGGGUCAAGUGCAUCCGAGGGGCUUUCCCUGUCUGCAGCUACCAGGACAGCCAGGUGCUGGAGAAGACCAAAAGGCAGCACAGUGCUUUCCAGGAUCUCAGGACACAGCUCAGUCUGAAUAAGGAAGGGUCAUUGACCCCAGGAACUGGCAGUCCCAGCAAGGCUCAGAAAGAAGACAAAGAUGCUGCAGAUCUCUAUCUCCAUGCUCAGACUUUCAUGCUGCCAGACAUGGCUCUGGGCAGCACAACACUGAGGGAGCAAUGUUUGUCUCCACAGCAAUAUGCUGAGGCAGGAACCUUCCUGCUGCUGGAGAUAAAGAUGGACAAGGCCCUGGUAGCCAGGCGGUCACAUGAGGAGCUCAGCAGACGGAUCAAGGAGAUGAUUCCUCCUCGCCCUCCCCUGCCUCCUCGGACUUCAGGAGCCAAGAAGGCUGUGGAAGAUUAUCACAACCAUGUCACCAGCAUUGCUGUCUCCAUCCUGGAGGAGUACCAGGAGCUGUUUGGGAAGCAGCUGCCUGAGCAGGAAGCCAUUGACCACCAGACCCUGGAGGAUCAGAAGCAUCAGCUCUGCUUUGAGCUCAACAUCUCUGGGAAAUAUUUUGCUUUCAAGGAGCAGCUGAAGUAUGCUGUAGUGAACAUUGUGAGGGAGAAGUACCUGAAGACCACAGGGUUUGAGAGCCAGGAGCAACUCCAGGCCUUCCUCAGUGAGCUCUAUGUGUACCUGGUGCAGCAGAUGCACAUUGCCCUGAACCAGCUCCUGUUUGAGGAACCUGCUCCUCCAGCCCCUCCAUCCCACACAACCCAGGAGCAGCUCUGGCUUUGUGCUCGGGAAGCUGAGUUCAACAAGGACUACAAGCUGGCAUCUCUGUACCACCAGCAGAGGGUGGCUCAGGACCAGCACAACGCCCAGCACUGGCUGGAUUAUGGCAUCUUCUGCCUCCUGCUCCAGGACGCAGCCAAAGCCCAGCAGUGCUUCCAGCAGGCUCUUUCUCUGGAUCCCCACAACGUCCAAAGCUUGCUGCUCUGUGGGAUUGUGGCUGUCACACUGCAGCACUAUGAAGAGGCUGAGAUCUUCUUUGAGGAUGCCUGCUGCCUAGAGCCCUCCAGUGUGGUGGCCUGGACCCUUUCAGGUUUGUUUUUUGAGCUGCAGACCAAUGACAUUCAGGCAGAAAUGGACUUCCGGGAGGCCAAGAAGCUGCUGCAAGCACAGGAGAGGAGCAGCUCAGAGGCUGCUGAGGGAGAAGGAGGGCAAAAAGACAUUUCUGAUGGGUGUCUGAGGUCUCCCAGCCCAGCCCCAGAAGAAUGUAUACCAGAUGGCUCAGCUGACAAACUGCCCAAGGUGGUGGAGCCUGCCCUGGCCUGUGCAACAUCCAAGGAAGGGACCACAGCACCUGAGGCAGCCCCAGGAGCACCACCCCCUGGCUCAGCACCUGGCCAAGCUCCCUGCAGCAUCUUCAUGAAGGCAGUGGAAUUCCUGCUGAAGGUCAAUGCUGUCCAGUUUGCUCACAGGGCUCUGGCCCACGAGCUGCUGAUCCUUCAGGGAAGACCUUCCUGUGCCUACUGCCUAGCCCUGGCCCAGACUUACUUGCUGAAGGAAGAUCUCCCCAGGUGUGAGGAGUGUCUCUGUGAGGCCACCAAGAUUGACUACAUUAAUCCAAACAUCUGGGCUCAGAAGGGUCACCUGAGCUACCUGAGGAUGGACUUUGGGAAGGCAAAGGAGUGCUAUGAGAGAGCCAUCAGCUUCCAGCAGGAUCCUGAGGAUGUGCACUUUGUCUACCUGCACCUGGGCUCCAUCUACCUGGAAGAGAAAGAGUACUGCCAUGCCAAGCAGACCUACCUGCUCGCCUGCAAGAGCUCUGCAACCUGCCUCACCUGGCUGGGGGUGGGGAUCUCCUGCUACAGGCUGGGGGAGCUGGUGGAAGCAGAAGCAGCUCUGUCUGAAGCCAAUGCCAUAAAUAACAGCAAUGCUGAGGUGUGGGGGUACCUCACCCUCAUCUGCCUGCAAAGAGGCCGAGAGCUGGAGGCAGAGCAGUGCUACAAAUACACCCUCAAGCUGGGCCUGAGUAACGCCGCGUUGCUGCGGGAGAUCCACGACACGCAGCACCAGCUCGGUUUCGGCAAUCCGUCCCUCUGA